GCGGAAGGAUUUUACCGACGUACCACACCAGGUGCAACGUUAAUUUAUAUCCGUGUUAAAGCUCGAACGACCUCUCACAUUCAAAUGCGAUAUGAAAUACAUAAUUUUGUUCGGAUACGGAGACGGAUUUUAAUUACCGCAUGUCUCCUAAAGAGUCCAGAUGGGGAAAAGUAAGCAGAAAAGAAUUUUGCGGUAUUUGGAGGAGGGGAGUCUUUUAAAAUUGAAGGCAUACCUUCGUAAACACAAGGAUCUGGAGCUGAACUUCUCCCAUGGCAGAAAACUCAGAAGUCCUUUACACAUUGCGUGUUCUCACGGAGACGAUGCGAUUCUCAGACUGCUGCUGAAACAUGGAGCAGAUCCUCUCCAAACGGACCUAAAUGGAGACAUACCGUUACACCUGGCCGCGAAGAGAGCUCUUAAAUACGGCAAAGAAGCCUAUGAUGAUCUGGUGGUGCCAUUGCGAAAUCACUGUCCAGAAGCAAUGGAUAUUUCUAAUAAAGCAGGAGUGACUCCUCAUGAUCUGCUCCAAUGGAUGAAACCUAAACAGGGGGUCUUCAAAAAUGAAUCUUCAAGUUCUGUUGAUCCUGAGCAACAAUGGAGAGAGAAGUUGUUGGGUGAAUGUCAGGAUGAGUUCUUUGAGACAUUUGGACAGUAUGAAAAUCAAUUCUUAUGGGAUGAAAAGGACGAGGAAGACUUUGGGGACUGGGCUGACCGAAUCCGAAAGGAGUAUUUUGUAAAGCAACGUGCCAGAGAACAAAGAGAAGCAGCUUCCUCCGGACACAAGAGGUCCAAGGGGCGUAAGGAGACUGAAGAGGAUGAAAGGAGCCGCAGGGAGCUGCUGAAGAAACUGGAGCGAGAACAUGCUGAGUAUCUGCAGCGUGCAGCCCGAAAAGAGGAGGAGACGCGGAUGGGGAAAAAGAGGCGCUAUGAGGAGAGUUGUGCUGCAACAUUUCAGAGCUCCUCAAGCAAGGCACCUCAGGGAUUUCUGGGAUAUGAUGACAUCCCAUGGCCCGCUCCCCGCGGCUCACUGGAGGAAAUGGUGGCCGUUAUGUUGCACGGCGCAGACAAAUCUGAUACGUCCGCCUUUCGGAAGUUACUCCGUCGGCAGCAAAUCAUCUGGCACCCUGACCGGUUCGCACAGCGCUGUGGAAGCCGUCUAGUUGAGUCUGAUAGACAGAGAAUUCUGGAUACGGUUACUGCCCUCUCACAGGAAAUAAACAGACUUGCACAAAAUCUCAGAUGACCAAAUAAACAGCUUUCAAUACAUUUAAUUGCAAUUUGUAAUUAAGCUUGUGUGUUAUUUAUUGUGUAUGAUACUUGUGGAAAAUUUUAAAUAAAAAAAGAGAGGACGUCUGUCUUGA